AUGGUCGAUCACCAAGUUGAGUGCUUGUGGUCUCUACUCUCCUUCAUUGUUCAUCUCUUCAACGUAGUCCGAAAAACCUUGUGCAACUUGUUGGCUAGUCGAAAAGCGCUGCGUCGACUAGAUUCGAGCAAAAGAGCGCUUGUUAAUAAAUUAGGGUGCGGUUUUCAGGAGGAGGAGAAGGCGAAAAUCGAAGAAGAUGCGACGAAGAAGAAGAAGAACAAUAUGGUUGAUCAUGUUGGUGGUUGCGGAGCGAAGGGUUUGAAGAAGGCGAGGAAGAGGCCCGCGAUGAUUUCGAUACCGGAGAACGUUAGUUGUGCUGAUCAGUUUGUGAGGGAGGAGGAGGUUGAGGAGGAGAAGGAUGUGGAGGUUGAAGGAGGAGGGUACUGUUUGGUUAGCAGGAGGGGGAAGAGGCAUUUGAUGGAGGAUGGAUAUGGGGUCAUUAGUGAUAUUAAUGGUGAUUCUAAGCAGGCUUUUUUCGGAGUAUUUGAUGGGCAUGGAGGCCGAGCAGCUGUAGACUUUGUCUCUGAGAAUUUAGGGGAAAAUAUAAUAAGAGCUAUCGACAGGCUUGAAGAAGGAGAAGACAAGUUAGAAAUGGCAAUGAGAUCAGGAUAUCUGACUACAGAUAGAGAAUUCCUUAGCCAGGGUGUUAAUAGUGGAGCUUGCGCCGCUACUGUUCUACUCAAGGAUGGAGAGCUUCAUAUCGCGAAUGUAGGCGAUUGCAAAGUAGUGAUGAGCAGAAACAAAGAAGCUAAAACCCUAACGGUCAGCCACAAUCCGGGAACAGAAAAUGAAAGAAAUCGCAUUGAGAGCUUGGGGGGAUAUGUGAGUUGCAGAAAUGGAACGUGGAGAGUUCAGGACUCGUUGGCGAUAUCAAGAUCAAUCGGCGACGCAAAUUUAAAAGAAUGGAUCAUUUCUGAACCUGAAACAAGAUCAGUAAACUUAACUCCGGACUGCGAGUUUCUGGUAUUGGCUUCUGAUGGCCUCUGGGAUAAGGUUAGUGAUGAAGAGGCAGUGAAUGUUGUAUUGAAGAAUCGAGAGUUUAUGAAGUCAUGUAAAGAUCUUGUUGAGAUGUCUUGUAGAAGAGGUAACAGAGAUGAUAUAACAGUUAUGAUUGUUAAUCUUCAGAGUUUUGUUUAGUUUUAGUGGGUAUAUAUAGAUAAGCUCUCAUUUGGGCUUUGUGUAUAAUUUUUUAUCUUCAAGCAAUUUGCUCAAUGUUUUGUAGAAGACCAGGCAGAGGGAAUAUUGUAAAAGAAAUGAGGAUGCCUAUUUGGAAAAUAUUAGU